AUGACGGGUCCUCCGCCCUACAAUUCCCAGUCUCCUCCCCAGCAGCCUCAUUAUCCUGUCUACUCGCCUCCAAAUAAGAAUCCUCCCUAUUACGCCGGCAACGACCAGUAUCCGCAGCAUCCUCCGCAGACACCUCCCGCCUUUCCUGCUCACGCCUCCCUCUCCAGGAGCCCUCGCUACAACCAUGCGCCUUCUCCGUUGCCUGGCACAUUACCUCCGUUGAAUGGCAGUGGUGCUCCUCCACCUCACGCGGAUUCCUCGUCUCAGUUCCAGGCACAUCCAUCGACCGCGGGAACUCCCCAGUUUCCUCUUCCACGCCCAUACUCGGCAUCUGUCAUGCCUGGCAACGGCGCAUCUCCCUACGGCCACUCCACCCCGUCUCAUGCUCAUCCCUCGAGUCGGCCGGAAAGCCAUUCCCAGUCCCCACCCAAGAAAGAGCCAGCAUCUUUUCCCAUCGGGGGCAAUGGUUAUCCAUCCAUAAUGCGAGAGUCCAGACCGGCAUCCCCUCCGAAGGAAACCAAGCCUGCCAGGGCUGCAGAUCCCAUGUCGUUUGCCAGCAUCCUCUCCGGACCCGCAGAAGAAGAGCGUUCUCAUAAGAGACCCGCCUCUCCUCCCCCAGCUCCGUCAGGUGCACCGCAUCCGCCAGCUUCUCUUCCCAUCCAAGCCCAGAAACCCAGAGAGCCGGAACAUGCUCCGACCCCUUCGCUGCCAAGACUGGAAAAAAAACCGGCCGUGGACAGGCGUCGUCGAAACGUGGAGAAGGAAGCCAUCGCAGAUGAAUUGCCCGCUACUCCUUCGGCCAACGGCGUUUCAGGUUCCAUCAAGGGCCCUGCUCAAGGUCGUGCUACCAGCUUUCGAAAGACCCUCUCCGAGCAAGAUCUGGAAGCCGUUAAUAAAAUUAUGAACGACAUCGACAAUGCAGAAAAGAGUGAUGUGGAGGGCCCAGGAUUUGAGGCCGAAAUGGAUCGUUAUCUCUCCAAGGGUAAGAAACGAGUCAUUAAUUCGGAAAAGGCAGAGGGUUUGAGACGCAAGCGUCGCCGACAUGAGUUCCUGAUCAAGCUUGGUAAAACGUUCGAAAAGCAGGCUACAGAUGGCAUGAGCCGGUUUAGAUCCGCUAACGAAGGGUCCGUCGUCGCCGAAGUACAAGCGAAGGAAGUCCAGGAUGAGAAAGAGCGGAAGAAGGACAUGCAGCGCAAGCGCCGGAGGGAAAACACAGUGCGCCAGGAAAUGCAGAAAAAGCUCGAAGCGGAACGGAAAGCGAACAAAGCCCAGGAUUCUGCCGAAAAGGCCAAGUUCUUGCGCGAAGCCGAACGCGCUCAGAGAAAGAUCAAAACAACCAAGAGAGCCCUCGAGGGUGGAAGCGCGCCCGAAGAGAUUGGCGAGGUCACUCCUUUGGCCCCGAACCUCGAAGGAGGUACGACAAGCUCCUUUCACAUUGGCCGAAGCUCUCCAUCGAGACGCAAGUCCGGCCGGGGUGGUACUUCUGCACGGCCAAAGAAAUCAAAGGAGCAAAAACAGGCCGAGAAAGAUGCAGCCGAGGCUGCUUAUGCAGCUAUGGAAAAUGAUGACCCUCUACCUCUUGCACCCAAGGAAGAUCCCCGAAAGGAGUCCCUCAAGAAGGAUGUCAAAGGUGGCCGUUCCAAGGAGCCCACCCCCGUCCCCGUGUCUGCAUUCGAAACCAAGGGUUAUAAUCAAAUUUACGAACAGAUCUGGCGGGAUAUUGCGCGUAAAGACAUCCCCAAGGUUUACCGCAUCAAGACCGUCUCUCUCAGUACUCGCCAGGAGAAUUUGCGCAAGACUGCUCAAUUGGCCAGUAAGCAGUCUCGUAAAUGGCAGGAGCGCACCAACAAGAGCAUGAAGGACACCCAAGCUCGCGCGAAGCGAACAAUGCGUGAGAUGAUGUCUUUCUGGAAACGCAACGAACGUGAAGAGCGUGAUUUGCGCCGUCUGGCUGAGAAGCAGGAGAUCGAGUCGGCCAAAAAGGCUGAGGCGGAGCGCGAGGCUAACCGCCAGAAGCGGAAGCUCAACUUCCUUAUCUCCCAGACUGAAUUGUACUCUCACUUCAUCGGCCGGAAAAUCGGUGGUGCUGGUGGAGAUGAGUCCGGGGACACUGCAGUGGAGGGAUCGAAUGAGACUGUUCAAUCAGGCAAAGGUGACCACACAGUGGAUCUGCCUCCCAGCGUUGCCAAUCCAAAUGCCAAAGUCACCAACUUCGAGGACCUCGAUUUCGAUGCGGAAGAUGAAACGGCUCUGCGGCAAGCUGCGAUGGCAAAUGCCCAGAAUGCUGUUCAGCAAGCUCAGGACCGAGCACGUGCCUUCAACGAACAGGAUCAAAUGUCUGCAUUCGAUGAGGGUGAAAUGAACUUCCAGAACCCUACUAGUUUGGGUGACAUUCAGAUUUCUCAGCCCAAUAUGCUCACAGCCAAGCUGAAGGAGUACCAGCUGAAGGGUCUGAACUGGCUUGUCAACUUGUACGAACAGGGUAUCAACGGUAUCCUUGCCGACGAGAUGGGUCUAGGUAAGACUAUCCAGUCCAUCUCCGUCAUGGCUUAUCUGGCCGAAUUCCAUAACAUCUGGGGUCCAUUCUUGGUCAUCGCCCCCGCAUCUACUUUGCAUAACUGGCAGCAGGAAAUCACCAAGUUCGUGCCCAACAUCAAGGUUCUUCCAUACUGGGGAUCUGCCAAGGAUCGAAAGAUUCUUCGAAAGUUCUGGGACCGCAAGCACAUAACCUACACUAAGGAGUCAGAAUUCCACGUGUUGGUGACUUCAUACCAACUGGUAGUCCUGGACGCGCAGUACUUCCAAAAGGUUAAAUGGCAAUACAUGAUUCUGGAUGAAGCUCAGGCCAUCAAGUCUUCGCAAAGUUCACGGUGGAAGAACUUGCUAGGAUUCCACUGUCGAAAUCGUCUUCUGCUGACUGGUACGCCCAUUCAAAACAACAUGCAAGAACUCUGGGCUCUUCUUCACUUUAUCAUGCCUACCUUGUUCGAUUCGCAUGAUGAAUUCAGCGAAUGGUUCUCGAAGGAUAUCGAAUCCCACGCUCAGACUAAUACUAAACUCAACGAGGACCAACUUCGGCGUCUGCACAUGAUUCUAAAACCUUUCAUGCUUCGUCGUGUGAAGAAGCAUGUUCAACAAGAACUUGGAGACAAGGUUGAGAAGGACAUCUUCUGUGAUCUGACCUACCGCCAACGGGCUUUAUACGCCAAUCUUAGGAAUCGUGUUAGCAUCAUUGAUCUCAUCGAGAAAGCCGCCGUGGGCGAUGAAACCGACAGCACCACCCUGAUGAACCUGGUUAUGCAGUUCCGAAAGGUUUGUAACCACCCGGAUCUGUUUGAACGGGCGGACACAAAAUCCCCAUUCUCCGCCGCCCACUUUGCCGAAACCGCCUCGUUCGUUCGCGAAGGCCAGAAUGUUGAGGUUGCCUACUCGACUCGCAAUCUGAUCGAAUACGAACUACCGCGCCUUCUGUGCAGUCCCGGUGGCCGCGUCGAUAUGCCUGGGCCUGAUAACUCCCGGGUUGGUUUCCGUAACAAGUACCUCGGUCAUAUGAUGAAUAUCUGGACGCCGGAGAAUAUUAAGCGAAGCGUCGCGGAUGAUGCGGCCUUUUCGUUCUUACGGUUUACUGAUACUUCCAUUGGGGAGGCGUACGAGGCAUCGCAGCUCGGUGUCUUCGAACGGGCGGCUCGUCGUCGCAACAAGCCGAAUCGACUGUCCCGGCUCAAUGCUAUCUACGAGAGUGCGGAGAAUGAUGGUGACUCUACGAUUGUGAAUUCGGUACUCCCUCAUUCUAUGUUGAACAUUGUACAGCGCAACGACCGUCGGGCUGUCCAUGAUAUUGCCGUGGAAGGUUACAUGCGAGAGCUCAUGAAUGUUUCGAGCUCAACUUUCGAGCGUGAAGGUCUCAAUGUCAUCGAGCCUUGCGUCAAGCCAGGAGCGUCGGCGCCUCCAAUCACGGUGUCUUCUUCCAGUCAGUGGGCCUUGAAGGAGACUAAGGAUAGCUUGUUCAAUAUACCUGUUCAGCACGCUCUAUUUGACACUCCGUCAAAACGGAUGGAAGAGCAGAUUCUUGAACAGCAGCUGGAUCCGGCUCCUUACUCCUUGACCCCGAUGCUUCCAGAACCGCUUUCCAUCAAGGGACGCUACACACACAUCGAAGUGCCAUCGAUGCGGCGGUUCGUCACGGACUCGGGUAAAUUGGCCAAGUUGGACGAACUUUUGCGAGAGCUCAAGGCCGGUGGCCAUCGUGUGCUGCUUUACUUCCAGAUGACGCGCAUGAUUGAUUUGAUGGAAGAAUACUUGACCUACCGCAACUACAAGUACUGCCGUCUGGACGGAAGUACCAAGCUGGAGGAUCGUCGUGACACAGUGGCAGACUUCCAGAGUCGGCCUGAGAUCUUUGUGUUCCUGCUGUCUACCCGUGCGGGUGGCCUGGGUAUUAACCUGACGGCUGCUGACACGGUUAUCUUCUACGAUUCCGAUUGGAACCCGACUAUCGAUUCUCAGGCCAUGGAUCGAGCCCACCGUCUUGGACAGACAAGACAGGUUACCGUCUACCGUCUCAUUACACGUGGAACCAUCGAGGAGCGUAUCCGCAAGCGAGCUUUGCAGAAGGAAGAGGUGCAGCGGGUUGUCAUCUCUGGUGGCGCAGCUGGUGGUGUCGACUUCAACACACGUAACCGUGAAAGCCGGACUAAAGACAUUGCCUUGUGGCUCGCAGACGACGAGCAGGCCGAGCUUAUCGAGCAGAAAGAGAAAGAAGCGCUGGACCGAGGCGAGGCGUUCGGUGCUAGUAAAGGUGGAAAGAAGGCGGUACAGAAGCGGAAGAAGGACCUUACACUGGAUGACAUGUAUCAUGAAGGCGAAGGCAACUUUGAUGAUGCCAGUGCAAAGCAGUCGGGAGCCGCAACGCCCGUAUCGACGGCAGAUAACAUUGCUACUCCAACCUCAGCCGCAGGGACACCCACUACGAAACGUGGGCGUGGAAAGGCCGCUGCCAAAGGCACGUCCAAGAGAGCCAAAACGACCAAGGAACGACUGCGACUGAUCGAUGGUGAUGGGGGAUUGAGCUGA